AUGGAUCUUGAUUCUGAAGAUGAAGAUGAGGAGCUGGACAUUCCAGUAAUCAAGGAAAAUGGCAAAGCUGAUGGGAAGGAGCAGAAAAAUCAAGAGAAGGCAGUUGCGGCAGCAAAAUCUAGUCUUGUUUCUAAGAAAAGCAAGGAUGAUGAUGAUUCUGAUGAGGAUGAGACUGAUGAUUCUGAUGAGGGUGAGGGAUUAUCUCCUGAAGAAGGCGAUGAUAAUGAUUCAAGUGAUGAGGAUGAUACAAGUGACGAUGAGGAGGAAGAGACUCCAACUCCUAAGAAGCCAGAGGCAGGCAAGAAGAGACCUGCUGAAAAUUCCCUGACUCCUCUUUCUGAUAAGAAAGCAAAGGUUGCCACACCGUCAGCCCAGAAGACAGGUGGCAAGAAGGGCGCCGUUCAUGUGGCAACUCCACACCCAGCAAAAGGCAAGACCCCUGCUAACAAUGACAAAUCAAAGGAUAAGUCUCCAAAAUCUGGUGGCUCGGUCCCUUGCAAAUCGUGCACCAAGACAUUCAACAGUGAGAUGGCCCUUCAGGCUCACUCGAAGGCGAAGCAUGGUGCCAAGUAA